ACAACAUUGAUUGUAAUUAAAAAAAAAAACGCCUAGGCCCUGCCUACGCGCCUAGUCUCUAGGUACCAGAUUUGACGCCUAGGCCGCCUAGUACUUUCUAUGACCUUAGUCAUGCAUAAAAGUUUAAAUAUGAGGAGGUGGAGGAAUGAAAAUAAUGGAACCUUUUAGACAAAGAGGAAUGAAAAUUUAAUUUUGAAAAAGAGAUGAAUUAAUGGAAUGUAAUGAAACCUUCUAGAGAGAGGAGAGAGAGGGGGAGAGAGGGCCCACAUCAAUAAGAUUGUAAUAAAUGACUAAACUACCCUCAUCUUUAUUAAAAUGGCCUCCAAUUCUUAAUGAAAUUGAAGUAAUAAAAGCUCAUUCCUCCACUUUUGUACCCUACAAUUUCUUUUACAGAGGAGUAUAGAUAUUUGCUUUUGUCUUUCAAUGCUUCACAUCUUCACAUCUGAUCUGUUACAUGCAUAGUUUACACUGACUCCAUGGCUUCUUUUAUCUUCUAUGCCAUACAUGGAUACCUAUAGACGAAUUCUUACAAUAUCAAACUUAAUGUAUGUAUUUGGUUUUGAUAUUUGAGAUUUCAAUAUGUCAUUCCACAUAUGCCAAAGCUCUGAUGACUGCUUAUGUCGUGCAGCACUAGUUUAAGUUUGUUUGAUAUACCUUAUGUCUCUAGGAACUGAAGCUUCAUUUCUCACUUUUACUUGUUGAAAGAGGAUUGUGCCUCAAUAUUUAUAAGGUCAUGCUUCUGGGGCAAGUGUGUGCUAUUCAUGUAAAGCUUGUUCUAUAAAUAGAAGAGAGUUCACCUAUUUGAGUCUCAAAUUCAUGCUCAUAUUUUGUGAUUUAUUUUGAACCUGCAUGACUACACCUGCUUUCUACUCUAUGCAGCAAGGUUUUAAAUAUCGGUUAUCGGGGAUUUAUCGGACGGUCAAAAUCCUUAUCGAAUAGCGAAAAUCGGGGAUAUAUCGGGGAUAAAUAGUAUUUAUCGGAGUGAUAUACUGGAUGGUGUAUAUGUAUAAUAUAAUAAGCAAAAAUGUAAUCUAACCAUGCUUAAUGAAAUAUAAACAUACCAAAAUGUAUAUAAUCAUGUAUAGAAGAGGCUCGGAGGUGAGUGGAGGUGAGCUUCAAGGUCGAGGAGGCGAGCAACGUUAACGGAGGUGAGCUCCGAGGUCAGGGAGACAAUCGAUGCUAGCGGAGUUGAGCUACGAGGUCGGGGAGGCGAGCUACGUCUACGAAGAUGAGCUUCGAGGUCGGGAGGCGAGUGACGUCGGCGGAGGUGAGCUUUGAGGUCGGGGAGGCGAGCGAUGUCAGCGGACGUGAGCUUCGAGGUCUGGGAGGCGAGCGACGAGGUCAACGGAGUUAGAUGGGAACAUAGAUCUUGAGCUCGAUGGAGUUCAAAGAGGCUCGGAGGCUCGGAGAGCAACCGCACAGAGAGGGAGAGAAAUUCACGAAGGAUUCGGGCUGAAUUUGAAGUUAGAAACUUUAUUUAUUGUCAAAAGCGGGUCAGGUCGGGUUUAAGAACUCACUAAGUAAGAGCCCAUUGCCCAACAAUUCAACUCAAAACUCACGCCGAUAAAGCUAAUAUUUUCAGCCUCCCUUACCACCGAUAAGUGCCUUUAUCGCCGAUAACUCGCGAUAAACCCAUAAAAACGAUAUCCGAUUAAAAAUCCUACUUAUCCUAGCGGAAAGCUCCCAAAUCCGAUAACUUGGCGAUAGAUUAUCGGCCGAUAUUUAAAACCAUGCUAUGUAGUUAUCUUCUGUUCCUUAAGAAAAUGCCAAUCACUUUUUUCCCCACACUGCAGGUGUUUUGUUCUGUUUGUAUUUCUGCGCUUGAGGGUUUUUAAAUUAAAUUGCGUAAGAGGCCAUCACUAUCACACAUCAGUUGUUGGAAAUAGCAAAGUUGUAAAUGUAACAUUUUGUUUUAUAGUGAUCCAAGGUUUAAGCUAAACAUAAGCUACCAACUGCAGUCUCUUUUAUCCAGGUUGGACUUAUAGGGCAUUAUGUGCAUCAUAGGGUGACCUAAUGUAUUAUUUUAAGCUCGUAUAAUUCUGGCUUCAUCUGUUAGCUACGUAAAAUUCUGCCACUUUCUAUUAGUGGUAGUUCCACCCUUGCCAUGGUUGUGAAGGAUCUAAUAUCCAGAUUCAUGCAUAACAUAUGUAAGUAGUAAUCAACAUAGUAUGGCUUAGUUGUGAUGAAACAGGUUUCCUCAAAUCUCUGAGUUUCUAGCAUGGCAAGAACCACAAAUUUGAAGAAUCCAAAUUACAUUUAUUUCUUAAAGAAUAUGUUGCUGAAGAAGGGUAUGUUAGUGGCUAUUUGAAUGCUUGCAGAUAUUAUGUUUCCAAAAUUCUUCCUUUUAUUCACCUUUGUGAUGAUUGAAUCCAAAACAUUACUGUCCAACUUCUUGGAAAAAAGAAAAUCAGGAAAGCGAUAUUUUAUAUAUGCAUACACAUGCAGAAAUGGAGGUCUAGGACAUAUUGACAUAUUUGGGUUUUCCUGAAGAAUGAGUUAUAUUUCAAUGGAAGUUUAAGGAUAAAAAGUAAGCUAGUGAGCUGGUCUAUUUACCUUAUACUCAAAACUGGAUGGAAUCUUAAAGACAACACUCAAAAUCCCUUAGUUGAUGCAGUUUCAGUUUUCAAGUUCAUCUUGUUAAUAAACAAUUAUCCAUUCUUGAAGGAGCAAUAUAAUUGCUGUCAUUUCUUCAGUUAGGUAAUUUAAUUGGCGGUCCAUGAAUACCAUAGGCAUCUGAAUGUUGUCUACUUUAUUGGAUAUGGAAUUUUAAAACAUUCAUCUCUCUGAAGUUUUCGCAAGUGUGUCACCACAAGAAAUUUCCAAAUCUUUGCUUUGUAGUCCUUAGUUCACCAUGAUGAAGUUUGUUAGGGACAUCUGAGAAUUGUUAUUUUUAUAUGUUUUGCAUGUUAGUAUGUCAUAUACAAUCAAUCUUCAGACAGCAUUUUCAACUGCUUAAUCCUUGUUUUUGAAUUUUGUGUUCUAACUGAAAGUAUAUACAUCUACCUGGCGAUGGUGAGGGAGGGGGACACUCCAAAUAAUAUGUUCUUCCAGCAAUAGAAAGGUUCCUUCUCUGCAACAGUAACUGAAACAACAAAAUGCACUGAAAAUGGUUUCCUUUGAAGUGAAUACAAGAUGGGAUGUACUAAAUAAAAGCAAUUGCAUUAUGGUUCCUACUAUAUACUGAAUAUUAAUCUUUUGAAUUAAUGUAAAGGGGAAUGCACCAAAUAACAGCAAAUAAUAAAGUUAAGGAAAGUGAAAAAGGGAAUUAAUAACUUACCGUAUAUACUCGAGGAACACUACUACCAGACAAAAAAGAAAACUGCGUCCAGGUGGUAAGUACCAAACCGAAACUGAAAAGCAAAACUUCGACCUUUCCGACCCUCUUCUUCACCUUCUCAUCGUUCAAGCUUAUCAAGGUUUCCUUUACUCUUCUUCUACAGUUAUACUACUUCUCUCCUUGUUUUCCUUCUCAUCAUUCUUGCUUUUCAAACAUGAAAAUGGAUCCGAGUGAAGCUGGAAUCUUGGUCGAAACAAGAGAGGCCGCGCUAGUCAAAUUUGAUGGAUCAGGACAACCGAUCCAGAGAAAAGGAUGGUUUCUUAAGCCCAAUGAGAGUAUAGAAGAAAGGAAUCUUGGAGUUCCUUUCUUCCCUGUGUUUCAGAGACCUGGCCCUAACUGGGUCUCAAAGCUGGAUGCCAAGGUCAGUUUUAAAGGCUGGCCAAAUCCUACAGCAGAUUGGAAGCAAUGGGCUGCAAAAUUGACCCCAAUCUAUAAGGACGUAUGGAAACAAGCCAAGAUUUUUGAUGCUAUCCAGGUUUCAACUUGUAGAUUUAGAAAAGAUUUAGUAUCCAUUUGGGAGGUUCUACCAUACUGGAGUAACGAAACAAAUACAUUUGCUUUUCCUUUUGGAGAAGCUUCGAUCACACUUGAAGACACAAUGGUUCUUGGGGGUUUCUCUCCAAUAGGAUUCUGUGUAAGAGAAGUAGGACUCGAUAAGGAGCUUUACAAGUUGAAGAGUCAACUCCUCAGUCAUCAUCUAGCUUUUAACAAAACUACAGCUAAGAAGGCAUGUUUUUCAUUAUGGAUCACACACUUUAUGAAGUGUGAUGAUAUUUCACUAGAGCAUAUUGCUUUUCUGUCUUUAUGGUUAUCAAAGUACGUCUUUCCUAAGGCACCCGGUGAUGUAGUACAGAGGGAAUUAUUUCCUCUAGCUAUACUGAUGGCUCAAGGCACAUGCUUUGCCCUAGGGCCAGCAGUUCUUGCUAGUCUUUACCGUGACAUGCGCUUAUUGAAGGAACUCUUGAUUAGGAGUGACAAGGAUGAUAUUUUACCUAUUUUUUCACCCUUUUAUAUAGUGCAAAUGUGGGUAUGGGAGCACUUUAUUUCUAUUAACCGCAAUGCUUUUCCAGAAAUCAUCGAGCAUGACAAACCAUGGGCAGCUCGGUGGCACGAAGUAGCUAUAGGAAGAACUUUAGGUUCAAGACUACUGUGCCAAUCCCCUUGUGAUUUUGAGUGGCGCCCCUAUGCAAAAAAGUCGAGUAACUGGAGGUCACCAUCUUUUUACGGGGAGAAUGGUCAGUGGAUUUAUGGUGAUGUGAAUGAAGGAAUCGCUUAUUUUGCCAAGUUUUUAAGAUCUUGUGAAAUUGUUGGGUUAGAUAGCAUUGAACUUUAUCUCCCCCAAAGAGUUUCCAGACAUUUUGGAUAUGAUCAAGAUCUAUUUGGGUGUGCUUAUGUUGGUGCUGGGGUUUCAGAUUGGGUAAGUGCUUGGGCUUGUUAUACCAAGUAUGAGUUUAACUAUAUGCUCUAUAUCCCUCCUCGAGACUAUCAAUCUGAUGUUACUUAUCAAUACUAUUAUUGGUGGAAGGAGAAUAUUUCAUCUUUCUGUUCUAUUGAGAUUGAUGUUGGAAUGCGGGGAAAAAAGAAGAUGAGAAGAGUCUCAGUAGAGUCUGGGAGCCAGGAGCCUCGGCUGCAAUUGGAUUUGAAUAACGCACCAUCGAGUUGUGGGGUUGUAGGGUCAUUUGAACCUAGAGGAAGGUGUAACAUAAGGAUUAUAAAGGGUAUAGCAAGAGCAAGGGGGGCUAAUCGAGGUGCUCGAUUAGCUAAGAACCAACUGAUCCAUCAUGCAAAUACAGAAGCUAGUCAUGAUGCAGCUGGAGAACGAGAGGACAAACAAGGCAGGCUUCAUGAUUUGGAUAAUUCUGAACAUGACGCCCUUGAGUAG